UGCGAGGCAGCUCGCAUGCACAUCUCGAAGCAAAACAAGCAAAGCCAACUGAACAAUCUCAACAAUCUCUCAUCGAACGCGACACACGAAGCCGUUCAUCUUCUCUGCCAGUUUCUCAUCUUUGACCCUAAGAAAAGAAUCUCGUGUUUCGACGCUCUCUCGCAUCCGUAUCUCGAUGAAGGGCGGCAGUACUACCACACGAUGCUCUGCACGUGUUGCCACGUGAGGAACGGCAUACGUGUGUACAGCCGCGAUCUCGAACCGUCGAGCCCUCAUCUUUUCAACUCGUUGUACGAAGACAGUGUGAUGUACGUGUCCAGUUUACAACACAUUCUUCGACAGUUCAUCUCACAAGUCAAUCCGGAAAAGCCGCCGCUUUAUAUCAACCCGGCGGCGGCCGUUUUGCCAAGUUUCUUCCGGACUCGUCCUGGACGAGCACCCGAGACUUCGUAGUUGAUAACAACUGUAUACAUGCGUGGGUGUGGACUUGAGAUUGCCAUUGAAUGUUAUAUAUGUUAAUUAAACAGACAGUAAAGCGACGAGCGUUCACAUCCCAUC